AUGGAGUUUCCCCAGGCAGACGCAGCUUCCCAGUGGGAUCCACUUUCAGCAAUGCGCCGCAGCGAAAGCCAACCCCGAGCUCCAUUGAGGGCUUGUGAUAUGUGCAUACGUCUCGAACGAUACUUUGACAUUGCUCAAGAUGCGAAUCCUAUACUCUCAAAGGAACGGUUUCUGAAUGCCUAUGAUACCUCGCUAUGCAAUCGAGGGCUUGUCUCUGCAAUAGUGACAAUUACAGCAAAACUUACCGGAUACACAUUUCCUGUGGACGGACCCAGCCUUGAUGCCCACGUUGACUUACUGCUGAGCUCGAGUUUACUAGAGCAGGAUAUACUUGGCGAUUCCCCAUCCCUCGAUCAAUUUCGGAAGGCGUGUAUAUUGUCUUUUUACGAGUUCCAUCAGUUCCCGGGUCACCAAUCCUGGAUGCGCAUAGGAAGAUUGACUCGCAUGGCCUAUCGAAUAGGGCUCGAUCGCCUCGAAAAUAUGUGUGCACUUUAUCCUGACUGGAGCGCCAUUGGCAAGGAAGAUCUCCAAGAAUGGCGGUCGGUGUGGUGGUGCAUCUACCGGCUCGAUUCUUAUACCAAUCUUUCGUCAGGAACGCCGUAUGUGAUCGAGGAUGGCCUAGUAAAUACAUCCUUGAUCCUAGGGCAAUCGAAUUGGUCCUCAAACGGUACAGAUGCUUUCCAAGAACUUUACUUGCCUCUUGACUCUGAAGGCUUGUGGAAACUAGUUCCUACAGUUACGUCUCAUCCAGAAACUUUGUUGACAAACAUCCACAUCAUUACUGUCGCUGCCAUGCGUCAGGCUGGGCUAGUCUCACGAGUGCACUUGUUGCGCCCUCAAGAAGAAACAAUUGCACGCCUCGCGAAUGUCGAGCGACAUCUUGCUGCGCUUCGCCUAGCCCUGCCACCUGGUUGGCUCAAUCCCAAACGCAACGCAUUUUCAGAUGAAACUCACGCAGGCCAUCAUGCGAGACUCAUCACUGUCUUUCAUCUCUUUAUGGCGCAACUACUUCUCUCUAUCUUGGGCUGCGGUCGAACACGGGAGGAUGAAUGGCUCAUGAGCUGGCAACGAGUUCUCGAGACUUGUCAAGAUAUUGCUUCAAUUGCAGCACAAUGGGAUGGCUCUUUCUGCCUGCAGGUAGACCCAGCCAUUACAUUCACUAUCUUCACUGCUCUCAUCUUCAUCGACCUCCACAGGAAGUCGACCGCCAUUUCCACUCCCAGCCUCCUGUCUCAAAUUGAUCACGACAGAACCGUCCUCCGACUGCACCUUGAGCAGUAUGCGAGUUUUUGGACGCUUCCAAGACUUCUCACGCUAUCAUUUGAAAGCUUCAGUGAAUCGGUUUCCGGGCCGCUCUCGCAUUGUCAAAUCGCUUUAAUAUUGUCUCGUUUUGAGGCGCCUCUACACCCGAGAUGGCUGCAAUUUCUCUCAUCCGCUCAAGCAGUCUUGGAUGCUUGUCAAUGA